UUCUCUCUCUCUCUCUCUCUCUCUCUCUCUCUCCUCUCUUUUUAUUAACCCCUGUUGUAUUAACGCCUUUAUCUCUUUCUCUCUCUCUCACUCUGCUCUCCUUUUGUUAGGCAAACCGUUUCUUUUUCCCACUUCUUAGCACUUUUUAUUGGGCCCCUUCUCCUGCAAAUCCAGCCCAGCCCCAUCUGCCCUCACCUGAUUAUUAUUACUUCUCUAGCCAGCAAACCCUUUCUCUCUCUUCAUAUACCUCUCUUCCCUCUUCUCUCUCUAGGGUUUCUUUCAAACGCUUAUCCACUUUCUCUCUUUAUUUCCACGGGCGUUUCCGCCAUGGCUGAGGAUUUGGACGAUGGGGAGUUCUGGUUGCCCUCUGAGUUCUUGGCGGACGAUGCUCUUUGGAUGGAGAACAAGAGGGUUUCUCACUCUGGUGGUACUGGUGCCUUCUUUCCCCAUGAGUUUCCUUACGGUGAUGGGUCCUGUGGGUUUGGUCAUGACUCGAGCCUCUACUCCCCUGUCGAGUCGGUUGUUGGUUCUACCGAGACCGAGAGUGAUGAAGAGGACUACAUAUCAGGUUUAGCUCAUAGGAUGGCGGGGUCGAUGCUUGAUGAUGACGAGAAGAUGAAUAUGGAGCAGUUUCCAUGGCUUAGAGAUGGAGGGUUUGGAAACCAGAAGUCGCCAACUGCUCUCUCUGGUUCGCCUCAGUCCACUCUAUGUGGAAUAGGUAGCUGGUCAGGUUGUAGCAAUGCUUCAAAUGGAAGCAGAGGAAGCUCUAACGGCCCAUCUCAAGUCUCUUCUCCUCCUUCAACUCCAUUAAACCACAAGGAAGAUGCUUGGAAUCUUCUUUACGAGGCCGCUGGUCAGGUUGUUAGACUUAAGAUGAACGAUGAAGCUUCGAAGCUCCACAGUCGGGGUCUUUUGGGCCCUCCAAAGAGGCCUGGUUCCAUUAACAAGUGUGCUUCUCAUGUGAAGCCUCCUGCUUAUCAAGCUUUUUUUCCGCAGCAGGCUUCAAAUUUAUUGCCGGACAAAUCCAAGGAAGCUAGUUUCCUUUUACAGCAAUUGAAGCAGCAGCACGCUAUGAAACAACAGAGUGAUUUCACAGUUUGGGCACGGCAGGCAAAAGCCCAACAGACACAGCAGUUACAGGGACGAGUUCGUUCUUGCUCUUUUGGUGCGAGAUCUGGCGGGAAGCCAUUGGGGUUUUCUUCCCCUGCCUGGAUUCCUCCUCAACAACAAAUUGCAGGCUCCGGUAUGAGAGCCGUCUUCCUCAAUGGAACUGGUUCGAGGAGAGAGAGCGGGGGAACUGGUGUUUUCCUUCCUCGACGAGCUGGGAGCCCGAAUGAAAUGCGCAAGAAACCUGCGUGUUCGACUGUUCUCCUUCCUGCCAGAGUUGUGCAGGCUCUGAAUCUCAACCUUGAUGACAUGGGUCCUUCUCAACCAUGUUUCCAGAGUGAUGCUUAUCGAACCGUCGAUCCGCGAUAUCAACAGAGCAGGAGCUCUGUCGUUGCGAAUACUAAGCAGCAGCGAGCCAUCAGAUCUCAACCCACCCCAACUAACCCUGAAUUCAGCCUACCUCAAGAAUGGACUUAUUAACCCCCCCCCCCCCCCCCCCCCACUCUCUCUCUUGGCUAAUCUAUCCUCUCUCCUCUCCGAUCUUUUUUUGGUGAAAAGCAUGGGAAUUUCCAAGACAAAGGAAGAAGAUACAGGGGGAUAAAGUAUAUAUACAAGAUAAUAGAUAUUGAAUUGGCAGAAUGUUGCUCUAGUGUUAGGUGAAAAAAUAAGUCUCGUUUUGUUGAGGAAAGAUGAAACAGUUUGUUUUUUGAUGGGGUUUUCUUCUCUAAUAAGUCUCAGUCUUUUUGGUCAGUGGCCCCUAGACUUCUCAUACCAGAAAUUAGGGGGUGCAGGAAAACCCCAAAAUCCAAAAUCCUCUCGGAUAAUAAACCUCUAUUUCUAUUACCCCUCCCUCUCUCUCAUGUUUUUUUUCUUUCUAGUCUUCCGUACUGUAACAGCCGGUUUUGAAGGCAUGCAGGGUUGGUAACUGUAACUGGUUAAUGGAAGUAAAUGAAGAUAUUCGGUGGUAUUUUUUUUGA